AUGGUUGCUUCACAAUAUCCCGUUCGCCCUGCCCUUCAUCAUGAUGAAGAAGAAAUCACAGGCUACGUAGACCCAUGGGUAGUAUCUCCCGGCGAAACAGCCCACGUCAAGAUCUCCUCUACAAAGCCCAAGCUCAAGUAUCAACUCGUCAGACUCCUCCAAGGACUUGACAUGCCCCAUGCCCCAGCCCCCGCCAAAGAAGUCAUCGAGCACGGUCCAAAAGGCGAGUUGGUCGGUCGUUUUCAAGCGUCGCAUCCUGGUUCCUACGCGGUUGUCGAUGCUUGGAGGAGAGAACCUCUGCUGGGCAAGUCAGAAGGCGUUGAGAUUGACUUUUAUGUUCAGCCUUGGAUGCUUGAUGCUCCUCAUCCCCAGGCUAUUCUGUCCAACCUUGACGCCGCCAAGAGCGCUGGUAUAGCUGUUCUUCUUGAUCGGGAUAAUCAGCUUCUUGUGUGGAUUGGUACCUCCAAUGGCAUUGAGGUCAAGAAGAUUGCUUCUUCAGCCCGUGAACGUCGGUGGUUCCACGUCCGCAUCACUCUUCGUGGGAGGGAGUUUCAGUUACAGCUCACUCACAUUGCUUCUGGAAACGAAAUUGCUCCUUCAUCAACCACCGUUCAUACCUCUCUUUCCAGUACUCCCCGUCUUGACUCCGGUAGCCCUAUGUACUUUGCAGCUACUACAGCAGCCAGCCCGACCUCAGCUUCACAGCUCCCAGUGCACUUCUUCAACGGCCGCAUCGAAGCACCCCGCUUCAAAGCCCUAGGCCGAAAAGCCUGGGACAUCGCGCGCUACGAUUUCUCCGUUGGUAUUGACACCGAUGAGAUCUUUGAUGUCUCUGGCUCUGGUCUUGAUGGCAUUCUUGUCAAUGCGCCAACGCGAGCUAUUCGCGGACAUGACUGGGAUCACAAGCUCAUUGGCCUCGGCUGGAAGGAAGCCACGUAUGGUUUCGGCGCUAUUCACUUCCACGACGAUGAUCUUGAUGACGCUGCGUGGGACACUGACUUUGAGUUCACUGUCCCUUCUGAUCUGCGCUCUGGCGCUUAUGCGAUAGAAGUUCAAGAUACAGAGUCAGACCUCAAAGACGCAAUUGUCUUUUUCGUCCGGCCUAAAGAAGUCCGACCGCAAGCCAAGAUCGCUUUUGUCUUUUCGACGUUUACGUACCUCGCGUAUGCGAAUGAACAUAUGUACGACGAGACCAAGUCAACACAUAUCUCAUUCCCCGAAGGUGUUCAGCUCGUAGCGUCUGACAACUACUACAAGAUGGUACGCCGGCAUGAUGUUGGUCUCGCUAUCUACGACCUCCAUAGCGAUGGUUCAGGCGUUGUGUACAGUACCACCAAACGACCGAUUCUGAAUGUGCGGCCUGAUUAUAUCCACUGGGGCUUUCAGCGACCACGAGAGUUCUCAGCUGAUCUGCUAAUGGUUGGAUUUCUCGAGAAGCAUUUCGGCGACGGUUACGACAUUCUCACAGACCAUGAUCUUCAUCUCCGCGGUCGUGCUGCAUUGUCUCAGUAUGAUGUUGUUAUUUCUGGCUCUCAUCCGGAAUAUCCUUCUGCAGAGUCUCUGGAUGCCUACGAAGGACAUGCCAAGAAUGGAGGAUCACUUAUUUAUGCCGGCGGUAAUGGAUUCUAUUGGAAAUCGGUUACAGAUCCCAAGAGACCUCAUCGCAUGGAAGUGCGGCGCGCUGAUGUCGGUGCCCGAACCCAUGAGAACCCCCCAGGCGAGCGCCAUCACGCACUAAAUGGCCAACUCGGUGGUCUCUGGCGCUCAAUCGGCCGCCCGCCCAACGAGCUCUGGGGUAUUGGUAGCUGUGCUUCAGGUAAAGGCCCCGGUCGACCAUUUAUCCCAACCGACGAAGCCCUCAACAAUCCCUCCCUAGAGUGGCUCUGGAAAGGCCUUAACGAAGAGUCCCGAAAGCUCCUCGGAACAAAGGGUCUUGCUGGGGGUGCAAGUGGCGAUGAGCUCGAUCGUCUUGAUAUCGCGAUCGGCAGUCCGGCUAAUGCCAUCUUGCUUGCUCGAAGUGAGCGCCAUGAUGAUCAUUUUAUGCUGUUCAACGAAGAACUCAUCUUCCCCAUGAUCGGAACACUUGGCUCGACUUCGCCGCUUGUGAGGAGCGACAUGGUAUACUACGAGACUAAUGGAGGCGGUUCUGUUUUCAGCGUUGGAAGUAUUAACUGGAACAAUUCUCUGGCUUGGGAUGGGUAUCAGAAUGAUGUUGCGCAGGUGACUGAGAAUGUCAUCAGAGAGUUCCUCGCCCGUGAGAAGAAGAAUGCCUCGGCAUGA